AUGCCGUCUCGAAACAAGGCCGCCAAAAGCAACAUUCAAGAUGGCUCCGUUCCUCAACACCAAGAGCAUAGGAUUGACUUGGCGAGAGUAUUGGCUAGUAACUCCUUGCCUGAAAAAGUGUGGCUUAAGCAACAAUUUGCAAUUGGUGUUAACGAUGUAAUUGAACGGAUGCCAGCCAUUAAGGUACCAUUGAUCAUUGCUAGAGAUGAUAAAUCAAAAAAGGUACCAUUGAUCAUUGUUAGAGAUGAUAAAUCAAAAAAGGUACCAUUGGUCAUUGUUAGAGAUGAUAAAAAGGGGUCCUUAAGAUUAGGUGAGCUUGUAAAGCUGAAAACAACAAUUGUCAUUGGAGUAAAGGCUCGAGGAAGUGCUGUCAAUCAAAUAAUGGAGAGAAUUCUUGAUGGUGAUGAACUGAAUCAAGGAGCAGCGCUUCAAGUUCAAUGA